AUGUGGUUCGCAAACCUCCCGCGUGAAAUUUCGAGUCUCGUCAUCAGUCUCUUGGUUGAAAGAGGGGACCCUUCCUUAGAUCAGCGCGACAAUUUACAGUAUAUCUGUAAUGCUCGCCUGGUGUGCCGUUUCUGGGAUACGUUGGCGAAAGCGUAUGUCUUCGAAAAUGUGCGGCUGGUGUAUGAUCCCGAAGGGGAAUACCAAUCGUGGAAUGGCAUGCUGGACAGCGAAGUCGUGCGACAGGCCAUCAGACGUGCUUACAUCCGCUCUGCCCCCGCCGAUGAUGACCCGCAAGGUAUCUGGGACUCGUAUACAGAAUGCGGUUACAAUGGCCUUAUCAGCGACAUAGACCGCAUCGCCGAACUGGACUGUAUCAAGGCGCUGCAUCUACGGUUCUCCCGACACUGUGCCGGCGUGGAAACAGAUGAUCCGCGCGAUGAAGUUGUCGAAGAUAUCCCGAGACGCCAAGAGAUCCUCGAAUCCGUCUUCAAGGCGAUCCAGAGGCGUUCAAGUAACAUAAUCGGCAUACGUCCUAUCCAUUCCCUGACCAUUGAGAACCUGCAAAAUGCCCCGCUGCCGGAGUUUACCACAUCGGAGCUCUUCAGGAGCGUCAUGAAGGACAUCGACGCUCUGCAUCUCAUGGUGGCUGAGGAGUAUGAUGAAGCCGGACCCGACUGGGACACAUAUCGAAUUGAGCGCCAGGUGUUUGAACCAUAUCUACACCACCAGUGGUUGGCUCCUUUAUCCGACCACCUGGUCUGCCUGACACUGUCUUUCCAGGUAGGUUGGGGAACCAUACCGGGUUAUUUUGACGGGAGCGGUCUCCACUUCCCCAGGCUCAAGACGCUGAACCUGGGCAACUUUGUCAUCGGGCACCAUAAUCAGUUGGACUGGGUUUUGGCUCAGUCCUCGCUGAGGUCCCUUUGUCUAGACCGAUGUUCUAUUGUAUCACAUAUCACCACCCACCGAGACAAUCUCCGGGAUUGGCACGUCCAGACCCACGACUGGCACGAGUAUCCUCUGGGCUCCUUUGGUAUUGAUGGCCCUUAUGUGAUUUACGGCUUCUCGGGGACAUGGGAGACCAUCUUUGACAACAUUUGCACUCGCCUUCCUCGGCUUACCGACUUCUGUUAUCAUUACGACCAUGACCCUGUCUUUCCGGUGUGCCCAGGGGCGCUAUCGGUGAGCCUAACAAAGAAGCGAUAUACCACAUUCGAUGACUCCUGGCAUGAUGCGGAUGAAGGAUCUGGACUACUGGACUUUGGCGAUAGCGAAUGGGGUUAUCCUGAUAAACGGUAUGUGAAUCGAUCCGCAGAGACGGAAAUAGGUGAUGGCCGAGCACUGGACGCCCUGCUUCAGGAGAUCCGACAACGGCAGCAACAGCAGACUCUUAUGUUGGACUAG